AUGAUUCUCCUUCUCAGCGAGCUGGGCUUUCCGCUGCUCUACCUCUUCGCGAGCCCGGAUCGCCUGGACUUCUCUGGCGAACCAGUUGAUCGACCACCACAAGGCGGCACACAGGAACGACAGCACGACGAAGUGGAUGCUGUACGUGGCGAGCAGGAGCAGGAAGAGCAGGACCUGCAGCGCGGCGAACGUGGCGUUGGUCGCCACGAGGAGGGACGGGGUCGGGCCGGGAGCGAAGAUGCUGGACCACAGGUCCUCCACAAACGAGGUCGCCAUGCUGCAGCGAGUAAACAACGUCAGCACGCUCGUCCUCGUCGUCGGAAACUGGUUUCCGAGACGGGGGGGCGACCUACGAUCAAUCACAGCGAAAACAACGACGCGAGUCGCGCUGAUGACGACAAGAUAAGGUCCAGAGAGCCACGGCAACGCCCCGGCAAGCACGAGAAGCAAGCAGAGGCCGACCCGGGCAGAGGGAAAGGUGUGACAGGAUGGCGUCGGCAAUUGAGAUGGAACGGGAUGGAUCAGAAAAGCGCCUCAGUGGAGCAUGGAGCACCACUCCCCCAGCACGUAGCGCGCUUCCGGCCUGAUCUAGGAUCAAUCCAGGCAACGGGCGGAAAUGCACCCCGUGGGGAAAAUUCUACGGGCCUGGAGAAGCUUGCUGCGGCUCUCACGCCCAGCAGCCCUGCUGAGAAUUCUCCCGCCGAGGCUGCGGGUGGCUGUUGCUUGACUGUAGACAAGACCAGGCCCGACGUCAUCGCUGGUGAGCGUGGCCUUGGCGCUGCCGUUCAUCCAGGAGCGCAUGCUCUGCCCUCGCAGACCCAAGGCUUUGCACAAAAAAAGUUUUUUUUUCUCGCCAAACCUCCGCAAUUGGCAAUUGCUGCCACGGGAGCAGGUCUCCGAGCCGCUCUUUUGUGCCAGAUCGAAGCAACGGCGCUGGCUGCGCCUAUUUUGCUUUUUGCCCCCUGUUGA